CCCCGUCCUCCCCUUCUCGUCCUCGUCGUCUUCUUCGCCGCCGCCACCUGUCGCUGGCGCACGCUACUCACAUUCUCGCAGAGCUGCCGUCUGGCUCGUUCAUUCGGACAAAAACGUUUUACCUCGUGGCGGGCCGAUGAUAUCACUUAACAAAUCUCUGCACCCGCUGGUUCCCCAGCCGUAAUAUCAACGUUUUGAUUCGCCAGCGCACAACUGCGAUCUCGCCGCAUCUUUGCCUCUAAGUGCAGGUCGACGCGAUUCACUCAAGGUUAGAUGCGGAUAGUCAUGGCACUGGUUCUGGCAUGGCAUGGUUCUCUGCACUUUUCUCCUGUCGAUGGGACUCCACCCGUCUGUGUUUUUCGUGCUCUGCUGGUCAAAUGACUGCGCCGUCCCGUUGGUUGAGUGUGCUCCGUUGUACCAGAAAUUCUUCAAAUAUCACCCAUCCGCCCAGAAUCUCCGAAAUCAACUUUUCGCUCUGCCUUUUUUUUGUCUCGAUCUGAAUAUCGCACCAUUCCUUUUCUACUCGCUGCCAGCGGCUCGUGCUUUCUUUUCCUCCUGGCGCUCUAAGCAUUCAGCGAUUGGAAAUAUAGUUGAUAGAGCAGGCUGCUCGGCGCUAAAUUUUGACCAGAGUAGUAAUUACCACACGGAUAUCUGACGGGGAAAAAAAAUGACGCCAAUUGCCGUAAACAACAAUUCAGCUGGUGCAAAUGGCGCAAGCACUUUGAAGCCCACAGCAAGAUCCUUCCACCCAACUGGCACACCAGACCCUUCGAGGUACCAUGCGAGCUCCUCGACAGCUGCCAUUGAAGCCGAAGCCAAAUAUGCGGCGCACAACUACCAUCCUCUUCCCGUAGUCUUCUCUAGAGCAAGCGGGGUAUCGGUGUGGGACCCAGAAGGCAAGCACUACCUCGACUUCUUGUCCGCAUACAGCGCCGUUAAUCAAGGCCAUUGCCACCCUGAACUUGUCAAGGCCCUUACAGAGCAAGCCUCGCGCCUGACACUGAGCAGUCGAGCGUUUUACAAUGACGUUUUUCCUCGCUUUGCCGAGUUCGCCACUAACAUGUUUGGCUUCGACAUGUUGCUGCCAAUGAACACGGGUGCUGAAGCUGUGGAGACAGCCGUCAAGAUCGCACGGAAGUGGGGCUAUAAAGUAAAAGGCAUUCCUCAAAACGAAGCUCUUGUAUUCAGCGUUCAAGAGAACUUUCACGGCAGGACGUUUGCGGCCAUCACGAUGAGCACGGACCCAGAGUCGAGAGAUAACUACGGGCCGUAUCUGCCGAACAUCGGGUCUGUCUUCCCAGGAACUACACGACCGAUACGUUACAACAAUGUCGAUGACGUCCGAGAACUGCUUGAGGCCCACGGAAAGAACACGGCCGCAUUUCUAGUGGAGCCGAUCCAGGGCGAGGCCGGCAUCGUGGUACCGGACGACCGCUAUCUAAGUGACGUUAAGGCUCUGUGUGAAAAGCAUAAUGUUCUGCUCAUCUGUGAUGAGAUCCAGACGGGCAUCGCUCGCACGGGCAAGUUAUUAUGUCACGAGUGGAGUGGCAUCAAGCCGGACAUGGUUUUGCUGGGCAAGGCCAUAUCUGGAGGCAUGUAUCCAGUAUCUUGCGUGCUGGGAUCGCGAGACAUUAUGCUCACGGUAGAGCCUGGCACGCAUGGUUCCACAUACGGAGGCAACCCUCUUGGUUCGGCCGUCGCCAUCCGUGCGCUAGAAAUUGUGCAGGAAGAGAAUAUGGUUGAGAAGGCGGAAACAUUAGGUAAAAGGUUCCGAGAAGGCCUUGUGGCGAUUGAUUCACCGAUGAUCAAGACUGUUCGUGGCAAAGGACUUCUCAACGCUAUCGUUAUCGACGAGGGAAAAACAAACGGCCACUCAGCCUGGGAUUUGUGCAUGCUGAUGAAGGAGAAAGGUCUCCUGGCAAAACCGACGCACCAGAACAUAAUCCGGCUUGCACCUCCGCUGGUCAUCACCGAGCAACAGAUCGACGAAGCCUUGAAAAUAAUCAAAGAGGCCACUGAGGAACUGCCUAAGCUAAAGAGCGGAUAGGAAUCGUGUACUUUUUCAGUCUGGCAAAAGAACGCAUUUUGCGUUCGUAAAGUGGGAUUUGCCGAUGUCAGCGAAUAAAUGCUCCGGGUAACUCCAUUGGACGACAUGUAUAUGUUUCACAUCUACACGUUACCUAUUUUGGCAGUAGUUCUGUCAAAAUGUAUUGCGCAAGUCAAAGGAGUCCUUGCUUUAAUGGAAAAAGUCAACGGCGCCCGUGAGCUAUUAGUGGAUCAUAUGAUGUAUUCCGCGCAAUAAAGACACAUUUACCUCUUCCCCCAAGUCCGACGCUUGCAGCGUUUUCUCAGCAUCUCCUCAUCUGUUUUACUCGUCAGAGUCGUAAGGUCUGCGUGAUUCUCUAUGUACAUUCAUUGGACGAUUCGGGUUGGACCAAUUAGAGAGAUUGGACCUCGUAUAUAAUAGCGAAUAAAACAUGGGUGCGUGUAUAUGUGUGUUUGCGACUCGUAGCUCGACG